AUGGGCCUCUUCAAGACAAAGCUCCUCCUCGGCACAGCAGCCAUAGGCUCAGGCUCAUACUAUCUCGCAGGCAGAGCAACACCCAGACAAGCUGAAGCCGCCCGAAGACCCAUCCCCACCCCUGCACACGCUCAAUCUCCCGCUGCAAAGCUCUCUGCCUACGAUCAAGACGAGGGCAAAUUCUUCCUCGUCCCACAACCGCCCACUGAACUUGAGAAGAAUAUCCGAGUCGGUCGCACGUACGUCAUUGAAAAAGUCGAUGAGCUGGAUGCCUUGCUGCGACGCGGUGUGGAUAAAGUGAUUGCUGCUGAGCAUCAAGUGGAAAACACCGUCAAGGAGAUUCGGCCGAAGCAGGAACCAUUGAUGCCUGGGUCGUUGUAUACGGCGAUUGCAGCACUCAGUGGUUCCAUUGUCUCUCGCAACCGCAAUAUUCUCUUUCGAUUCGCUACACCGUUAUUGUUUGGUGUGGGUGCCGGUGCCUACUUCCUCCCAGAGACCUCAAGAAAUGUAGGGAAUGUGUUGUAUCGCUGGGAGGGACAAAUUCCUGGAGCGCAACGUUAUCACGACAUGACUGUUUCACAUGCAAAGAUGGGAUAUCAAGCGGUGCUCGACAAGGCAGAGGAUGCUACACAUGUGUUGAGUGGUGCUGUGGAGUCUGGCAAAGAAGCACUCGAGGAGAAUGCAGGCAUCAAGCUAUCCAAGUAG